AUGUCACGCAUCGAGCUGCUCAACGCCGGCGGGUAUCGCGCCGACGGGCGGAAGCAGCACGAGCUGCGCUCGAUAUCGAUCCGGAUCGGCGGCUCUUCCGACCCCGCUGCCGACGGGUCGGCGACCGUCACACAGGGGCUGACGAUUGUCUCUGCGACAGUGUUUGGCCCGCGCGAGGCGAGGCUGGCGAGCAAUGCGCUGCACGACCGGGCGACGGUCAACGUCGAGGUGUCGCUGGCUCCGUGGGGUGCCAUGGACCGGAGGAAGCGCAACAAGGGCGACAGGCGGCUGGUCGAGUUUGCAAGCUCGGUCAAGUCUACAUUCGAACCCGUCAUCCACACGCACCUGUACCCGCGGUCGCAGAUCGACAUCUUCAUCCAGGUCCUGCAGCAGGACGGGGGCAUCCUCCCGGCGGCGAUCAACGCGUCGACGUUGGCGCUCAUCGAUGCGGGCAUCGCCAUGUCCGACUUUGUGACGUCGGUCUCGUGCGGCAUCCACUCGACGUCGCCGCUGCUCGACCUCAACAAUACCGAAGAGUCGGACCUGCCCAACAUGGCCGUCGCCGUGCUGCCACGCUCGGGCAAGGUGACGCUGGCCAGCCUCGAGACGCGCCUCCACGUCGAGCGCUUCGAGGAAAUCUUCCGCCUAGGCAUCCAGGCCUGCUCGGUGCUGCACCACGAAAUGGAGCUGGCGGUGCGCGACCGCACCAGGGUGCUCGUCGAUGCCGUCAAGGGUAAGGUGGGCGAGCGGAGAGAUGGCGGCGACGACGGUGUGGACGAAGAGGACGGCCUCGAUGCCGAAUCGAUAUGA